GACGCAGGCGAGCUGCAGUUGACUUCACUAUGGCAUCAAAGCAGAUCCCAAAAAAAGAUUGGGAGGCUGAGGAACAGCAGCAAGAGAGUGCUGUCAACCGGAUAACCAACCUUCCUUUGCUUAAUUCUGCAUUCAACCUGGUCUCAUCUGCCUACAGUUCUACUAAGGAAAUGCAUCCUUGCCUCAGUGGUGUCUGCAAUGUGGCUGAGACUGUGGCUGCAGUUGCAGUAGGCAGUGUGGUUGGUGGCGCACAGCCCAUACUGAACCAACUGGAUUCACAAAUUGCACUUGCAAAUGAAUAUGCCUGUAAAAGACUGGAUCAGCUGGAGGAGAAUUUGCCUUUUCUUCAACAGCCAGCAGAUAAGGUAUUCUCAGACACCAAACAGCUGGUUUCCACCAAAGUGACAUCUGCUAUGGAUGCUGCCUGUGAGGCAAAAGAAGCAGUGGCUGAUAAAGUGACUGAAGCUAUGGAUCUCACUAAAAAUGCUGUUGGGGAUGGUGUUAAGCUGACCAGGUCAAUGGUCACUUACAGCGUUAACAAUGCUGUGGAGGCUGCUCAGGGUGCAAAGGACCUUGUAACUAAUAAAGUGACUGAAGCAGUAGGCCUCACUAAGCACAUUGUGGAUGACAGUAUUGGGAUGACCAAGUCUGCGGUUGCCAAUACGAUUGUCAGUGCUGUGGAGGCUGCUCAGGGUGCCAGGGAGCUUGUCACUAACAAGGUGUCUGAAGCAGUAGACCUCACUAAACACAUUGUGGAGGACAGCGUGGGACUGACUAAGUCUGCGGUUACUUCCACUAUUGUCACUGCUGUGGAAGCUGCCCAGGGUACCAAAGACCUUGUGAGUAACAAGAUGACAGAAGCUGUGGAUCUCAGUAAGCAUGUUGUGGAGGACAGCAUGGAACUGACCAAGUCUGCAGUAGCAAAUACUAUUGUCAGUGCUGUGGAGGUUGCCCAGGGUGCCAGGAACCUUGUGACUAACAAGGUGAUAGAGGCAGUGGAUCUAACAAAAGUGGCUGUUCAGGAUAGUAUGGAGAAGACCAAAUCAGCGGUUGCUUCAACAGUCAGUACAGCUCUGGAUGCUGCGUACAGCACCAUAGCUAGCAAAAUAAAUACAGCCCUUGAGCAGAGCAGAGAAGCCAUCCAAGAGGGUGUGGAGAUAACUAAUUCAGUGGUGCUCAACAGUGCGAGCAAAGCCAAGGCAGUGGGACAAGCAGUGGCAGGUGGUGUUGAAUCUGUCCUGGGUAUAUCAGAAGAUCUGGUGGAUCAUUACCUCCCCAUGACUGAAGAGGAACUAGGUCAACUUGCCACUGCUGUUGAGGGAUUUGGUAUGGCUUCUGUGGAGGAGCAGAAACAGCAGCAGAAUUACUUUGUUCGACUGGGUUCCCUUUCUAGCAAAGUCCGCCACCGAGCCUAUCAGCUCUCCCUGAACAAGCUGCAGCAUGUUAAACAAAGCACUCAGAACGCACUCUCACAACUACAGCUGGCAAUAAAUCUGAUUGAGUCUGUGAAAAAGGAGGUUGGCCAGAAGCUUCUGGAUGGGCAAGAGAAACUCCAUCAGCUGUGGGUGAGCUGGUGUCUGACUCAACCCAAGGGACACCAAGUUAAAACAGCUUCCCAAAUGGAGAUGGAAUCACGGACUCUAGCUAUGCUGCAUAUCAUCACUCAGCAGCUACAAGCUAUUUAUGAGAAUCUGAAAGUCAGCAUCCAUGGCCUCCCCUGGAACAUCCAAGAAGCUGUGCAUCAGGCAACUCAAAAUAUCAGGAAGCUGCACACUUCUUUUGCCAAUGCUAAUUCUUUUCAGGAUCUCUCCAGCACAACUCUGACCAAGAGCCGGAACUGUGUGGCUGAAGCCCAAAGGUCUCUCAAUGUCCUGUUUGAGUAUGUAACCCAGAACACCCCUCUAAACUGGCUUGUGGGUCCCUUCAAGGCAACAGCUAAAGUGUCACAGGAUAGCAGAAAGGGGAAAAAAGGUAAAAGUAAUAUAAAAUCACUUGCUGUAGAAAAGGCUGCUUCAUCAAAGGUGACUAAGAGGCCUGAAGAACCAAAAGGAGCAAAAACAAAUCUGGGGGAAGCAUGUGGAAUGCUAGAGAAGCUAGAAGGGAAGGUAGAUGCAGAAGAGGUGUUGGCUGCAAAGGAGAUAAUAACUAAUGCGCUGAAGGAAGAUCCCUGAGAAGCUCAAUUCAUCUGGCUAAGGCCCGUAAGAAUGUUCCUUAGUCUUUUAAUCGUGUACCCAAUGUCAGUCAUGCUGCUGCUCUCACUGUCCCAGAAUGAGCUUACAGUAAGAUGUAGUUUGCAAGAAGGCUUGAUGACCAAGAUGGGGUGAUUCCGGAUCUUGAUGUAUUUUUUUUCUUCAAGCAUGUUAAUCCAAAAAAGGAAGGUAGAGGGUCUGUACUUCAUCUUUUUUUAAUGAAGUCAGCACAGCUGACUGGUGGUUCUUGCUGAGACAAGCUGUGGAUGAGAAGUCUCGAGUUAUUUUUAAUGUUGAAUUAUGUUAAUAACUUCAUCCAAGCUGCAGAGAUCUUAAGGAUUAUUCACUUGACCUUUGAUCGUGUUUUCCUCCUGAAGUUUUAAAACUGUGUUACAGACACUACUUCCUUUCUGACUUCAGCUGGGGGCGAGAGGCUGUUUCUCAGAAGUAACUUCUUUUUAUCAGCCAAAAACUUGCUCUUUUGUAGAGGGAUUUUCUUGUAAGCAUGUCAAUCUGCAGUGGGACUGUCUUUCCUGACUGUAAAAAGAACUUCAGUGACUAUCUGUUUGUGCUUAAAUUAAUUCUACAAAUGAAAUAUUUUGUGGCUGUAAACAAAACAGGGAGGUAGGUACUGUUCACUUCUACAAAGCAGUGUUUGCUUGGGAACUGUUCCUGGUGUCACUUAUUUUGUAUUGGUAUGGCACCACUGCUAGGGUUGGAGUAAUGGUAAAGACUUGAAAAUAAAACUUGUUCUUUCCUUUACCUAGAGCAGGUUGGAAGCUUGUGUUAGACAAAUCACCUCUUGCAUAAAAAGAGCUGCACCAGGAGCAACCCUCUCCCAGUGCUCCAGCCCCACUCUGCACACACGUCACUCUCCCAUCGUACCUCUGGCCCCUGACGCUCGGAGGAGCGAUGCUGAAAGCCUCUCGCUGUAAGAAAAUGUAAUUCUUAUAGCGCAUGUG